AUUGGCUAUUUAUUAAGAGAGAUUACAGCGAUAUCCUUCCUACAAUAAUGAACCACAAUGGAGGCUAAAUAGGAGUUCCCACUUUUCUUAUCAAACGUGUAGUUUUACUUUGUUUGCAACCUUGCAUAACGACGCUUGCUUGAUUUACAAUUUUCCUUAGAUAAAGGAAGUGAUCUCUAUGAUUUUAAACGAUAAGAUCCUUACAGGCUAUGUAGCGAGCUAACUAAUCUAAUUUAGUCCUUCGCGAAUUCAACUUAAUCAAUAUUUUCGUUGACUGAAUAUUACCAGCCACAUCAAAGGUAUGACCGAGUACAAGCUGGUGGUGGUUGGAGCCGGAGGUGUAGGCAAGAGUGCUUUGACCAUACAACUCAUCCAGAAUCACUUCGUAGACGAAUAUGAUCCCACUAUCGAGGACUCGUACCGGAAGCAGGUGGUGAUCGACGGUGAGACGUGCCUGCUGGACAUUCUGGACACGGCGGGCCAGGAGGAAUACAGCGCCAUGCGCGACCAGUACAUGAGGACGGGGGAGGGCUUCCUUUGUGUCUUCGCUAUAAACAACAGCAAGUCCUUCGAGGACGUCCACCUGUACAGGGAGCAGAUCAACAGGGUGAAGGACAGCGACAGCGUUCCCAUGGUGCUCGUGGGCAACAAGAGCGACCUGGGGACCCGAAGCGUGGAGUCGCGGCAGGCCCAGGAGCUGGCUCGCAGCUACGGUGUGCCCUUCGUGGAGACCUCCGCCAAGACCCGACAGGGUGUGGAGGAGGCCUUCUACUCCCUGGUGAGGGAGAUCCGCCGCUACAAGGAGACACACCGCAGCAACAAGAAGAGCAAGAAGAGCACUCAGAGAAGAUGUCACAUACUAUAGCGCUCUAAGCCAUUUUUAGUCCCAAGUCGACCAUCCCCCCCAUCUCGUUGUCAAGGCCCACCUUGGCGACUAUUGACAAAGGUAGCCAUGAUGCUUUGCCACCCACCCACCACCCCAGUGUCACCACCCCCCCCCCCCCCACUGUCACCACCACCCCCCCCCACUGUCACCACCACCCCCCUCUUCACUCCAGAGUCCUCAAUGCUGUGAAACCAUAGAGCUCUUGGUUACUUUAUACUUUCUUUUUUUGGACAGUUGGAAUGUAUUUUUUUACUUUUAUUUUACAGUUCAUAGCAAGUGUUCUCACAGUAUGUGGGAGACUGUUACAUUAACAGUUUAUAUUUUAGACUCAAACUAGAGUUUCAGUGUCCUUCCUUGGUGCACUUUAUUUACUUCUUUUUUUUGCCACCUCCCACUGAAGAACAGCUUGCCGUUUUAUACAGUGAGUCAUUAUUCUGUUCAUCAUACUUCUGUAUGGUGAUUCAGACUCCUACAGAAAUACACAACUUCCUGUAUACCCAACAAUUCCUGUCACCUGUCCACAUGACCAAAUUACAUUAUUGACACACUUACAAUCUAAACCCCUUUUUAUUUUUUUCUUGUAUUGGGAAGAUGUGCAGUCUUUUUAACGAAAAACCUUCCGUAGAUCAUGCUGAAGUGUAAAUUCAGGGAAGUGACGCCAAUAUCUGGUGAACCAUUUGUAAGAUAAGACAAAUCUGUGGUGUUCACAUAUUCCAGCUGGCUCAGUAAUUUGUUUGCCGGCCAAUUUGUUUUGGCUGGACUUCCCCUUUUAUGCUUCAAGUUUCUUUUUAGGAUAACGGCCAGUAGUUUCUUUCAAAAUGCUCAUUAGCGUCUAUGAAGGAGACGUAACAAUGAACAGGGCAAGUUAAAAAAUUUACUCAAUAGGGAUACGGUAUAACAAAUUAGGCCUUUAAUUAUAUUUUCUAAGAUUUAUAGGGGUUUCGUUUUUAGAAUUGAUUGGUGAUUUGACUACCUGUUAUUUUACUACUUAAUAGGGCCAAAAUUGUAGACAUUGAAAAUAUUAAAAAAAAUAACAAAUGUAACAGUUCCCAUUUGCCCAGUUAAAAAUGAACAUAAGCUGUUCAGUGUGUCUUUAUCUGACAUGUCUGUUAAGGCAUUUUUGCAGAGGUUGCAGCCAAGUUCAUUUUGGGGGAAUUCAUUUGUUUGAAGGUGGUCAGUCAGUUCUCACUGUCAUGAUCACCGCCAGGGCUCAUCUAUAGUUCUAAAUACAUGACAAUGCUGAAGGACAGUUUGUAAACAAAUGUACAUUGAUAUUCUUUAAUAAAGUUUGUUCGCUAA